UCAUUUCCUGAAUUUUUUUUCUUCCAAAAAGAAACUUCGUUAGUUCCGCUACGCGAAACCGUAGGUUCAUCAUGUCGCCGUCCGGAGACGGAGCCAUCAACGGUGGAUGUUGCUGCUCCUGUUCUCCCGGCGAGAAUGGUGGUUAUGAUGGAGCCACUAAUUUCGGUAUCUCCGCAUCGCACGACGAGACAUGCAUGCAUUGCCCGAGGUCUGAACCUUCAUCAUGUUCUUCCUCUGAGCUCGGUUUUGAUCCAGUCCUGUUAACUGAUUCCGAGAGGUUGCGGAGAAUUUUCGUCGCUUCAGCUAAAGGCUUCUCAAUUGGAGCUGGCCUGCAAGGUGGCUUAGCUAUCUUCUCCAUUCUCGCACGCUUGCGGCGCAAGAAACCAAAGAAAGUUGAGGCGUUUUCUGAUAAAGAAGCAAUUUCUAUGGCGAUUAAGGAGACACUGAGAUACGGUAUUUUUCUUGGUACUUUUGCUGGUACAUUUGUUUACGUAGAUGAAACCGUUGCUGCUUGCGGAGGAAAUCACAGGACCGCGAAAUGGCGGGCAUUAGUAGCCGGGCUGGUUGCAGGACCUUCCAUGCUUCUUACCGGAUCUAACACGCGACAUACGAGUUUGGCUAUAUACAUACUCAUGCAAGCUGCCGUAUUGGCAUCACGUUGUGGAAUAAAGAGUAAACGGUUUGGGAAGUUUUGUAAACCUCUUACUUGGAAGCAUGGUGACAUAUUCCUUAUGUGUCUCUCCACUUCGGAAAUAUUGUCUUCUUACAUCUUGAAGCAAGAUUGUUUGCCCCCAUCAUAUAAGUCCUUUCUCAAUCAACAUGGUGGAAAAGACAUUGUCAUACUGCAAGGUGUAAAAGAGCUAGCAAGUGACCUUCCAUUCACUACUUUGGAAGCAAUAGAGAAAAUUUAUAAGGCAACAGGGGUUGACGUUAAACUAGAUCCAAACAUGAAAAUCCCUUGUUCGAUGGUACACGGGAAUAAAUCAUGCAGAGCACAUGCAAUUACUUUUCUUAUUGAAGCAUAUAAAAGGGCAUUACCAGUAUACCUUCCAGUUUAUUUGAUUCCUGCUUUGAUAGUUCAUCAUCAAGGUCUCUUCAAAAGGCCUUGCACAAUAUUAGGAAAAGGUAUUGUUGAUAUUGCCAGAUCAAGCUUAUUUUUAGCCACCUAUUGCACAUCAGCUUGGAUGUGGACUUGCAUGCUGUUUGGGUUCUUGAGAAGAUGUAGCAUACCAUUGAUAGCAAUUGGAUCGUUUCCAGCCGGUCUGAGUGUUGCUAUUGAGAAGAAAAGCAGGCGGAUGGAGAUAUCACUCUACUGCCUUGCACGAGCCAUAGAGAGCUUCUUUACAUGGGUGGCUGACAUCGGGUAUUUGCCACGGUCGAAGAAUCUGAAGAGACCUGACGUGAUGAUAUUCAGCUUGUCGACAGCUAUCAUAAUGCAUUGCUACGCACAGGAGAGGGAACUGUUUAACUCCAAGUACUUAAAUGUUCUUGAUUGGAUCUUUGGUGUGCCUCCUCCACCAUGCGAAAACCCAUCAUUGCAAAAACAGAAGAGCAGUUUGAGAUAGGUAUUUAAAAUUCACAUUAUUAUCGUGAUUUUACAAUUUUUAGCUCUUUCCCUCCUCAAUGUUUACAAUAUAUAAUAAACAUGAUACAAAUAGAAUAAAAUGGAAAUAAUAUUAGCUAAA